CUUGUUUCCUUAUCAGAGAACGUAGCGCAAUCCUUUUAAUAAAUUUAAUUUCGGCGUUAUAAGAUAUUUGAUUAAUUUCACUAUCUUGCAGCGAUAUAUCCAUGGCUUCAAUUCUAAAAGCAGUUCGUGUGGGAUCUUCGGGGUUAUUUGGUCGAUUGAAACACAAGAAACUUCCUGAAGAAUGGGAUGAUAGCAUCAAAGAACCUGUGUUAGAUGGCAUAACAUUUUAUGUUAAAUAUUUAGGCAGUACUCUUGUAGAUGAGCCAAAUGAUCAACAGGCUACUGCUGAUGCCAUUAAAGCUAUUAUAAUGAUGGCAAAAUCAAGUGCAAAAAAGCUCAAAAGGGUUGCUCUGACUGUUAAUCCUAAAGGAAUUCUUACAAGGGAUUUAAAUACUGGGGAAAAAUAUUUAGAUUUUUCUAUCUAUAGGAUCUCAUUUUGUUCAGCUGAUGCUAAUUAUGAUCGUGUUGUUGCUUUUAUUGGAACAAAUAAGAAUGAAACUUUAGAGUGCCAUGCUUUUCUAUGCUCAAAACGAAAAGUAGCGCAGGCUGCUGCUUUAACUAUAUCACAAGCAUUUAACAUUGCAUUUGAACUGUGGGAAAGAGCUAAAGGAGAGAAAUCUAGUCUAAAUGGGGAGGAUCGAAUGAAUUUAGAGAUGGCUCAAAAUUCUCCUGUUCCUCUAUAUAAUAAUGAUAUUUCCUGUUCUGAAGAGCAAGGAACUCUCAUAGACCUUGGCAUAGAUAGCCAUUCUGCUUCAGAAACAAUGAAGAAAUUGGGUUUUGAAAAUGAUCAAAGUCUUGAUGACAGCUUUUCAAGAUUAGCACAUUCUAGAACACAUCCUAUGUUUGGCAUUGGUUUUAAAGCUCAAGAUAUAGAGAAUCUGCAGCAGUUUAUGCAUAGUCAACGGAAAGUUGGCGAAAAAGAUUUCUUUUUAGAAGAACAAAUGGAUGAACUCCUGUCUUUAUAAAGAAAUCCAUUUUUUUUAUGGUGAUUUUGCUAAGCUUGAUGGGAUAAAAAGUAAGCUUAAACAAUAGAUUUUUUUUUUAGUCACGAUGAAAUUUUAAGAUCUGAAUCGUCUCUUAAUGAUGAACUAUGCUGUGAUUUCAUUUUAUUUUUAAGUUUUAAAUUUAAAGCUGCUCAAUUUUUGUUGUGAUUCUU